AUGUCUGGCAGACCGAGCGGUGUGGGGCCCCGUCGAGGGGCGACCCUGAAUCGUGGCAAGACCUUGUCUCGGCCAGAUCGAUUCCAGACUCCAGAGACGAUGUUCAAGAAACGAAAGGAGAAUGAGCCCGCGUCCUGUUGGGUGAUUUGUUCCAGAAUCGUCACCUGUUGGGCUCUACCCCCGUUCUUACGUUGGGCCGGCAUCCAUGAAAAACCCGUUCAACAGGCCUGGCGUGAAAAGGUCACCCUUUGUUUCAUCAUCCUGUUGAUCGGAGGAAUGGUCGCCUUCUUGACCAUCGGAUUCGCCUUCUUGCUCUGUCCUUCCGACCAGAGACAAGGUCAACAGAACUUUGUUCGAUUCAAUGAUACUCAAGCUGCCGGUCUUUAUGGUAUCAAUGGCUAUAUCUACGACUUCCGCAAAGGUACUUGGCCUCCAGGCUUCAACGCCAGCAACUUCAAACCAGCGGGCGAUAUCAGCAACAUCUUUAUCCAUGGUCGAGACUCAAUCAACUGUCAAGGCCUCACCAGUACAGCAGCUCAAUUCGAUAACUGUCAUACCGCUGCAGGAGGAUGUAACAAUCACGUGGCGACCAAGGAAUAUCUCAACGGCCUGGGGAUCUUUGAUGACAACAAACGUAAAGCGGGCUAUGAUUGGAGUCAGAUGGGAUUGGAGGAACUUUCCAACUACAUGGUCAUCGAUGGCAAUGUCUUGAAUCUGGAUCGGUAUUUCCAACGAUAUAGACAACCCAUCCAAGGAGACGAAAUCGAUGCCAUCUUUCGACAUGUCAGGAGCUUACCCAUGCCCUCCGGAGGUCGUGAUGCCACAAAGCUCUUCUUCCGACGAGAGUCUGUCAAGGCGAAUGUGAAUUGUUUGGUCGACAAGUUUGGUGCGGGAUUCAUCGAUAAGGCCACACCGGGUUGUUUCGCCGCAGAUCUGUUCAUGUAUGUGUCCCUGACCGUGGUCUUGGGCAUUGUCCUCUCUCGUUUUGCGAUGGCCAUCAUCUUUGACUGGUUCCUCUCUGCAAAAUUGGCCAAGCCUCCGGUCAAGCCCAAGGUCCAUACCAUGGCCUCGGCCGCAUCCUCUGGUUCAUCCAUCUCCGGUUCCACCAUCGUCGGCUCUGCCGCUUCUGCCAACUCUGGGAAAUCAGGUGCCCUGUCUCGAUCCCCCACCAACACCAGUAUUGCCGGUGGAAACGUUUUGGAAUUGCACACAGUCUUGUUGGUCACCUGUUACUCCGAAGGUGAAUCAUCCCUCCGUACCACCAUCGAGUCCUUAGCAGCGACUGAAUACCCCGACAACAAAAAGUUGCUCUUUAUUAUCUGCGAUGGUAUCAUUACAGGAUCAGGCAAUGACCGUUCAACGCCCGAUAUCUGUGCUAGUCUAAUGGAACUCGACCCAGCCUUUGAUUCAGAGCCCACGCCCCAGUCCUACAUCGCCGUCGCUGCAGGAUCGAAACAACAUAACCGAGCCAAGGUCUAUGCAGGCUAUUUCCGUUGGAAGAACAAACGUGUGCCCACAGUGCUGGUGGUGAAGUGCGGUAAUGAGGAGGAACAUGAGAAGCCCAAGGCCGGUAACCGUGGAAAGCGUGAUUCCCAGUUGAUUUUGAUGAACUUCUUCUCACGUGUGACCUAUAACGACCGAAUGACACCUCUGGACUAUGAACUCUUCCGGAAGAUUCAACAUCUGAUGGGCGUUACCCCGGAUCGAUUCGAGAUUGUGUUGAUGGUGGAUGCAGACACAAAGGUCUAUCCGAGUUCAUUAAGGCUGUUGAUGAACUGUAUGAAUAACGAUCCGUUGAUUAUGGGGCUCUGUGGAGAGACCAAGAUUGCGAACAAGCGCCAGUCCUGGGUCACGGCAAUUCAGGUAUUCGAGUACUACAUCUCACAUCAUCUUGGAAAGGGGUUCGAGUCCGUCUUUGGAGGUGUGACCUGUUUACCAGGAUGUUUCUGUAUGUACCGCCUCAAGGCCCGGAAGGGCGAUGACUGGGUCCCGAUUAUUACCAAACCGGAAAUUGUUCAGGAAUAUUCACAAAACAUUGUCGAGACACUCCAUCAAAAGAACUUGUUGCUGUUGGGAGAGGAUCGGUUCUUGACCACGUUGAUGCUUCGUAAUUUCCCACACCGAAAGAUGAUGUUUAUGCCCCAGGCGAUCUGUAAGACAGUUGUACCGGAUGAGUUCAAUGUGUUGUUGUCUCAGAGACGUCGUUGGAUCAACUCUACGAUCCAUAAUUUGCUCGAAUUGGUGUUGGUGCGUAAUCUGUGCGGGACAUUCUGUUUCUCGAUGCAGUUUGUGAUUUUCAUGGAGUUGAUCGGAACAGUGGUCUUGCCCGUGGCGAUGAUCUUGACGUUUGUCCUGAUUGCUAAUCUGGCGGUGAUGACGAUUGAGACGAUCUCACAGGCAGUGCCGUUGAUCCUGUUGGUCUUUGUCAUGACCAUGCCCGCGAUCCUGAUCUUGUUGACGACUCGAAAACUGAUUUAUAUUGCUUGGAUGUUUGCUUAUCUCUUGGCUUUGCCUGUCUGGAACUUUAUCCUUCCCGUGUACGCCUACUGGCAUUUCGAUGACUUUUCCUGGGGAGAAACCCGCAAGGUGGAGGGAGAAGCCAAGGGAGAAGCUCAUGGAAAUGCAGAUGGAAUCUUUGAUGCCUCUCGUGUGCCUCUCAAGCGUUGGGAUGAUUACGAGAAGGCUCGUGUUCGACAAGUGAAGCGUAUCGAACGUGCAGAACGUCAACGGGCUCAGGGAUCACCCUAUCUUCAAUCGGCUGCACCGAGUGUCUUUACGGCGGAUGAUAACGAGUCGGAUAUGAUGAGUGAUCUGGGUCCACAACAACAACAUUAUGAUUAUAACGGUCGUCAAGUCAUGAGUACUCCGCUGGUCGGGAACCAGGCUCGACCUAUGAUGGGUCUUGGUAUUGGACCAGGAGGUCCUCCAGGAGGUGUUCGAUUUGGUCCUCCUUCACCUGGCUUCCAGCCCAUGUCUCCUAAUAGCCCUGGUGGUGGCCCUAUGCCCACAAGUCCUAUGAUGCCCCCUCCUGCUAGCCCUGGCGGCAUGCGGAGGAAUCGCAGUAAUGCAGGACAAGGAUCACCUGCUCCUCCACCACAGUAG